AUGGCAAUCCGCACUCACUUCGAGUCCUCAAACGAGGUUGGGGUCUUCGGAAAACUCACGAACUCUUACUGUCUGGUCGCUUCUGGCGGCAGCGAACACUUUUAUUCAACUAUCGAAGCAGAAUUAGGUCCCCACAUUCCCGUAAUUCAUGCCUCCGUCGGAGGCACUACCGUCAUAGGCCGCGUAUGCGUUGGCAACAAGAAUGGCCUCUUAGUGCCGAUGACUACGUCGGAUGCAGAGCUUCAGCAUCUUAGGAACUCGCUGCCGGACUCAGUGGCCGUUCGCCGGGUAGAGGAGAGGCUGUCAGCCCUUGGCAAUUGUAUCGCAACGAAUGAUUACACCGCCCUCGUGCAUGCAGACUUGGAUGCAGAGACGGCGGAAGUUAUCCAAGACGUGCUGCAGGUGGAGGUCUUUCGAUCGAUUGUUGGAGGGCAGCUACUUGUGGGCAGCUACUGCCAACUUACGAAUCGAGGCGGACUCGUACAUUCGCGCACUCCCGUAGAGGAGAUGGAGGAUCUCUCGCAACUUGUGCAAGUGCCCUUCACUGCAGGGACAGUAAAUCGAGGCUCGGAUCUCGUCGGCGCAGGGCUCAUGGUGAAUGACUGGACGGGAUUCUGCGGUAUGGAAACAACAGCAACUGAAUUGGCGGUGGUUGAGAGGAUCUUCCAGCUGGCGAACUCUGAGCAGCAGCAGGUUUCCCUUAGGGACGACCUGAAACUGAGAACCUCGCUCGUUGACUUCCUGAGUUAA